ACCAUGCUGCCGAUACUGAACGUUCAGUCGCACAGUUGCCCGUGUCGCGAUCGGAUCGCGUUUUAAACGAUCGUGUGGACGUUUUGUGUGCGCGAGAAAAGCCAAACGUUUUGUCAACAUACCAAGCUUCGCGAAUGGGUGCAGGUUGCGGCAGUUGCACCUAGCGUCUUGUGCAUUAGAAUUAAAAGAAUUAAAAAAAAGAAAAAUACGGUGUGCAGGUGCAUCAGUGACUACGUGUGUUAAGUGUGGUGAAUAUUUGAACGUGGAUCGAUUAUUGCCAACGGUUGAACACGAGGUGUGCGGUGUGCUGAAUAAACAAACAAAGCCGUUCGGAAGGCUCAACCAUGACAGUGAAACCCACGACAGUGGUAAUCGGCUCCGGAAUGACCGGUGGCAUUCGACCGGCGGGCCAUUUCGCCCACCCCACCGCACGCCGCAGCUCGUCCGUGUCGGAUGAACGGGAACGCGAACAGCGACGCCGAUCGAUCGUGAUACUUUCACUGCUAGCAGCGUGCGCUUUUCUGUUUGUGCUGUCACUUUGCCUACUGACAGCACUGGUGUUGGUCGGCCGCAAUCUGUCAAGCGGUGCUGGCAGUCACUCGCAGCUGACGGCAGCUGUCAGUGACGAACCGCGUCUCAGCGUGACCGGCCCGGUGUCGUCAAACAAAGGAUUCGAUCGUCCCGACGAAGUCCCCGGGAAAGACGUAGGAAAGGUAGCGCGGAACGAAAGCGACACUGGUGGCCCGGACGAACAGGCACACAAUCGAAGUACGAUAUUCCUGCCCAACUCAGUUUACUAUUCCGGUUCAUCUGGUACGGCGGUCGGGCGAAUGAAUCGAGUGUUGAAGAUGGGCUCAAAGGUGGCUGAAAAGUUGGGCUUCCGGUUGCCCCGGCACAUACGGCCGGUGCACUACGACCUGUGGCUGCACCCGGACCUGCAGCGCGAAACGUUCGCGGGGCGUGUCCGCAUCGAUCUCAAUGUGACGGAACCGACCAACUACAUUGUGGUGCACAGCAAGAAGCUGGCCAUCACCGAGACCGUGCUACGCGAGCUGGCUGCCACCGGUGGCCAGGAUGGCUCGGAAGUUGGCAUAUCGCGGACGUACGAGGUGCCGGAACACGAGUACUGGGUGAUCGAAACGCAGACGGACAUUGCGGCCGGCGACUAUCGGCUGAGCCUGCAGUUCAAUGGCAGUCUGGCGGAUCGCAUUAUCGGCUUCUAUAGCAGCAAGUACCUGGACAAAAAGACCAAUACGACGAGAAAAAUUGCAACCUCUAAGUUCGAGCCGACCUUCGCCCGGCAGGCGUUCCCGUGCUUCGACGAGCCGCAGCUGAAGGCCGAAUAUACGAUCCACCUGGUGCACCCGAAUGGCGACGACUACGAAGCGCUUUCCAACAUGAAUGUGAAGGAAACGGUAGUAAACCAACCGACUACCGGUCUAGCUACGACCACGUUCGAACGGAGCGUAAGCAUGAGCACCUAUUUGGUUGUGUUCAUUGUGAGCGAUUUUGUGAACGAAGAAGUAUUGAUCAGACCGGCUCAUGGAGAUAAUUUCCCCCUACGUGUGUACGCCACUAAGUAUCAGAAGGACAACAUCGCCUACGCACUCAUGACCGCCCGUAAAAUCAUUGAGCACUACGUGGAGUACUUUGGGAUCCCGUAUCCAUUGCCCAAGCUCGAUAUGGCGGCCAUCCCAGACUUUGUGUCGGGCGCAAUGGAAACCUGGGGCUUGGUAACGUAUCGGGAGACGUCGAUCCUUUACAAUGCCGCGACGAGCAGUACGGCCAACAAGCAGCGUGUGGCGGGUGUGAUCGGGCACGAGCUGGCCCACAUGUGGUUCGGCAAUCUGGUCACGAUGAAAUGGUGGAACGAGCUGUGGCUGAACGAGGGUUUUGCGAGCUACAUCGAGUACAAGGGUAUUCACGCGGCCGAACCGGAGUGGGGCAUCGAGGAGCAGUUCCUGAUCGAUGAUCUGCACGGCGUGCUGAACCUGGACGCGACGCUCGGUUCCCACCCGAUCGUGGUGCCCGUCGAGAGCCCGAACCAGAUCACGGAGAUCUUCGACACGAUCACCUACUCGAAGGGCGCUUCGGUGAUCCGCAUGCUGGAGGACUUUGUGACGCCGGAUGUGUUCCGGCAGGGCGUACAGAACUAUCUCACACGCCUGAGCUUCGGCAAUGGGGUGUCGGAGGAUCUGAUGAAGGAGCUGGAUGAGCUCGUGCCGGACAUCAGUGUCGCCACGGUGAUGGAUACGUUCACCAAGCAGAAGGGUCUUCCGGUGGUGUCCGUUCGCCGGAAUGCCCUUCAGUACAUCCUGACCCAGCAGCGCUUCCUAGCCGACCAGACGGCAACCGAGACGGAGGAGUCACCGUUCAACUACCGCUGGUACAUUCCGAUCACUUACGUCACGUCGGCUGACAAGGAAACGGUGAGGCGAGAGUGGUUCCCGCACGACCAGAACGAACUGAUCAUCGAAGUGCCCGGGGGUACCGCAAAUGGUUGGAUGAAGCUAAACUACCGCCAGAUCGGAUACUACCGAGUGAACUAUCCGGUGGAGAUGUGGGAGGAGUUCGGUGAAGCCUUGCGCAAUGAUGUAAACACGUUCACGAUCGGCGAUCGUACUGGGUUGGUGAACGAUGCGUUUGCGCUGGCCGACGCCUCGAUGCUGGCGUACAGUACCGCACUGGAGCUGACACGCUACCUAAGCAAUGAAGCGGAGUACGUGCCGUGGUCGGCCAUUGCCAGCAAGCUGAAGACGAUUCGUAACCUGCUGUACAACUUCAACUCCUACGACGACAUCACGGCUUACACACAACGACUUGUGACGGAUGUGGCCAAACAGGUGGGCUGGGACGUUCCAACAGAGGGAAAACACAUGGAAAAUCUUCUGCGAACCACCAUUCUGGACCUGGCCUGUUCGUUCGGUCAUAGUGAGUGUCUGGCCGAAGCCGGUACCCGGUUCCGCGGAUGGCUCAACGGGAACGAUAUGGUGCAUCCCGAUCUGCGCUCGAUCGUGUACACGUACGGUAUCCAGUCGGACGGUAUUACGGUCGCCGAUUGGGAGCGCGUACUGGAACGCUUCCAGGCGGAGAACGAUGCCAACGAAAAGACGAAGCUGAUGGUCGCGCUUGCCUCCUACCCGGACCAGCGUACGAUGCGUCGCUUCCUGGACCUCUCCUGGGACCCGGCCCUCAUCCGGACGCAGGAUCAGCUGAGCUGCAUACAGUACAUCGCCGCCAAUCGGCACGGUGAGCAGGCGGCCUGGGAGCACGUGCGCGAGAACUGGGAACGGCUGGUCGACCGGUUCACGAUCGGCGAGCGCAAUCUCGGCCGGAUGAUCCCGUCGGUGACGGGACGGUUCACGACGCGGGCGCGCCUCACCGAGCUGCAGGACUUUUUCGCCCGCUAUCCGGAGGCCGGCGCGGGUGUGGCCGCCCGUCGCCAGGCGCUCGAAACCAUCGAGAACAACAUCAGCUGGUUGGAGCGGAACGAAGCAAAUGUGGCCACCUGGCUAAAGCAGGAGAGUGCACCGACGCGAGCGUAGUCGUCGCGACCGUUGCUCGUGCCUUUCGUGGCGUUUGAUGUUUGUGCUCGGAGAGUAAGAGAAAGAUUAAAUCGGUACUCUGGUGCAUAUUGCCCGGAAUGCAGAA